UACUGUAGUGUGUGAGUGCUUCUUUGAGUGUUUAACUGAAGAAUGAUCACACACUUCAAACUGGAAAUGAGAAAAAGUCUGAUACAAGUGUGUGGAUUCUUGAUUUCAACUCUUGGUUGGGUUUUCAUCAGCUGUACAACAGCCAUGGACUACUGGAAAGUCGUUUAUGUAGGGGGGAAAGGGGGCAACUGGAUGAUCAAAGCGUCGUGGUACUGGUCAAACCUGUGGAGAGAUUGUGUGACAGACACUACAUCUGUUACUAGCUGUAGAGAUUAUGAUAUCCUUUGGGCGGUCACACCAUAUGUUCAGGGUGUGCGAGGUCUGCUCAUGAUCGGCAUGACUCUGGGCUUUGUAGGCGCUAUUCUUUGCUUCAUUGGGAUGGACUGUACCUACAUUGGUGGAAGGGAGAAAGCCAAAGAUAAAACUUUACUCGCUGGAGCAAUGUUUCAUUUAGUUGGUGGUUUAUCAGCUUGUGCAGCGUACUGUUUAUAUACAAGCAAAGUCAUCAGUGUUGCGUUUGCCCCAACCGCUGACAGAAGUAUUAUCAGGUAUGGAAUUGGAACGCCAAUAUUUCUUGGAUUUAUUGGAAGUUUCCUCACAAUUCUUGGAUCUAUUUUGUAUGCUGUGACAGUCAUAUCAAAAAGGAUGACGUCUGCAUUUACAAAAAGGUCAAAGACUGGCCAUAAGUCAAGUAAAAGACUGUACAGCAGUGUCCAUUACACACCGUCAAGAGAUCUCAGCCGAUCCAGCGCCUCACACAUCUCCAAGAUAUCAAACGGGAAAAAUGGAGAGAAAAUAUCUGCCAAAGACACUUUUGUAUGAACUUUUCACAUUUUACUUCACUUAAUACAUUUACUGUGCAGGCUCAUUGCUUUUAACAACCAUAUGCAAUGUCAUCAUCAUCAUUGUCAUCAUCAUCAUCAUCAUCAUCAUCAUGACAACAACAUACACCACUUUAAACAAUGGAUGGGUUUAAUUUAUGGGUUAUGGGGCAGUUGUAGGCUAGUGGUUAGAGGGUCUGGGUUGUAACCCGAGAUUUGCCGGUUUGAGUCUCACGGCUGGCAGGUUGCAACUGAGAUGCCUUUGAACACUUUGCUCUGAGUGUGUGUGUGUGUGUGUUCACGACUUGCAAUGCGUGUGUUCCCUACUCACUGGGAUGGGUUAAAUGCAGAGGUCACGUUUCAAGUGUGAGAUGAUCAUAUAUUGGCAAAUACGUCACUUUCACUUCAUUUUAAUCUGCUGUCAAGAGUUUUGGAGUUUAGG